GGCCGGUGCUCUACAUGCAGUCCCACUGCGACGUCCCCUCCGACCGGGACCGCUACGUGCGGGAGCUCAUGAAGUACAUCCAGGUUGACUCCUAUGGGAAGUGCCUGCAUAACCGUGAGCUUCCCAGUGAGCGACUGAGAGACACUUCUACAGCCACUACAGAAGAUUCUGAAUUUAUGACUUUUAUCGCCAGGUACAAGUUUCAUCUGGCCUUGGAGAAUGCCAUAUGUGACGACUACAUGACGGAGAAGCUGUGGCGUCCGAUGCACUUGGGUGCUGUCCCAGUAUACCGAGGAUCCCCAGCUGUGCGGGACUGGAUGCCGAACAACCACUCCAUCAUUCUUAUAGAUGACUUUGCCAGCCCCCAAGAGCUGGCAAAGUACCUUGAUUUCCUGGACAAGAAUGGAGAAGAAUAUAUGAAGUAUCUGGAGUAUAAAAACGUUGGUGGAAUCAAAAAUCAGUUCUUGUUAGAGAGCCUGGAGAGGCGGGAGUGGGGUGUGAAUGACAUGACGCUGCCCAAUUAUCUGAAUGGCUUCGAGUGUUUCAUCUGUGACAGGGAGAACACUCGGGUCAAAGAGGAGCAGGAACACAAAAAGUCUCGUGGGAAAAUUCCAGCCCCCAGACCUCGCAUAGCUCAGUUCAAGCACAUGGGAUGUCCUAUGCCCACUCCUGGGUUUGGAAGUGUUGAUGACGUCUCUGGAGGAGACAGUUGGAAAGAGAUGUGGCUGCAGGAUUAUUGGCAAAGCCUUGAUCAGGGUGAGGCCCUCACUGCUAUGAUUCAUCGCAAUGAGUCACAUCAGGGAAGAUUUUGGGACUACAUGCAUGAGAUUUUUCUCAAGAGGACAAGGCAGCACUGACCCAUCUUUGUAAGAGCUUGAUUUAAAAAUUGCUUUGAAAGUUGAGACUGCAAGUUCUUAACCUCGCUCCAAAUGUUUGCCUUGAAAUAGAAGAAAAACCCUCACAGAGACUUUUUAUGAUGCAUGAAGUAAGUUUCUGUUAUGGUUGGAUUUCAGCAGUGGAGAUCUUAGCAACUACUUCAAUCUGUAUUUCAGGUCUGUAGUGUGAAACCACUCCUGACUCGGAGGUAUCAACAUGUGGGACAAAAGAGGAAUUUCCUCUCCUUAUGCAUUUGGUAUAGUUUCCUUGUGGCCUAUAUGACUUCAGAGGAACAUCUCUUCAGACUCUUGCUCAAAUGCCCUAAGUUAUUUCAGGGAUUUUUUUUUA